GAGCGUGGAACAACAAGAACGCAAGCCAAACCAAAACAGCCUUCUGCCGGAGAUACGAAACAACCAGAAUACCAGAUGCUGCUAGUCCUGUUAAUCCACCGUUUUCCGCCUUAAAAAUAUCUGAUUUGCGCCUUAAUCAACCAUCCGUGGUCACUCGCAGAAUUAUAUAGCCACCAUUGGAGAACACAGGAGGGGGGAGUAGCCAAGAACACAAGAAAGGGAGGGGAAGAGGAGAAGGCUAGGAAGGAGAGGGGGGGGGGGGAUUAAGGUGGGGAGUAGAACGCAGGAGGGAUUGACCGGAAUACACCUGAUUUCUUGAGUGAAUUUCUGGCGACCAGAUCAAGGCGGUCCAUCGCUGAAGAGCGGAGCCCAAUUCGAUUCGGUGGGAUGCGGUUGAUUCCUCGGUUUGGUCUGUCUGGGCUGUGAUGUGAUUUGUUGGCAUGGUUCAUCCCAGGUUCCUGGCUGCUUGCUCAGGCUCCAAAUUGUGCUUCAUCUCUGGUUGCCGCAGUAGUCAUGGAAACAUGAUGAUAUCCUUGAUUCAGAUGCGUUUGAGUCGGACAUCGGAGUGUAGUUCUACCCUUCCGGUGUUGAUUGAUUUCAGUCAAUGAUUCCACACGCAUUGGUUUGGUGUUCCGGGGACUGGAAUACAGAUUCUGAAGGACAUUGAAAGGAGUUGAAUAAGUACAUUUUAGGUAAUCCGAAUUGGCAAUCUUCCUCUUUUUGCGAGGAAGUAACACAGAUUGGUUGUGAUGGGUUUACCUCAAGUUCCUCCAGCCAAGGAGGAUGUGCCUACAGCAUUGUGUACAUCUGCACCAAGCCCUCCUCAUUUCAGAAGUGUUGGUGCCUGUGAUUUAGAUGGGCUUCCAGCAGGAAGCUCAAGUAGCAGGGCACUUUCAUACCCGUUGAUUGGUGAUUUUAAUAGAAAGACCGCAUUAGAUGCCCCAAAUGAGUCAAACGGAUAUUCUAGAGACAGUAAUGCGUUUGACAAACCUGCUGACCUCCGUGGACUGAAAAUUGAUUCCAGAGAUGCAAAUUGUAGAUCUCAUCGGAAACUUGUGCCCGCUGUCCACAUGCCCACAUGGAGGGUUGUGGGCUUUCAAUCAGGUUGUAUUGGAGCUUCUGAUAGAACAGAAGCAGAUAUGGUCCAUUCAUCUUCUGUCGUCAGCAAUUGUCUGUCACCAUUUGAUCAGCAUGAACUUCAAGCAAGGAAAAGACUGUUCUCUCCAUUGAAAAAUGUGCUUCCUAAACAGUUUCAUGGUGAUUUGCUCAAUAUUUCUUCUGGUGAUGCUACAUUGAGGCAUUCUGAUUCAGCCGACAAACUAUACAGUUCUGGUUUCCAAGAUAGUAAAAAAGCCAAUACUGGAUGCCUCAAUUCUUUUGAAACACAGGAGUCGCCAACCAGGUGCUCCAAUUGGAACCCAGAAUGGGAUGUUAGUAGGAGCAAUUCUAAUUUAUUGACUGAUGGUCCUUUACUUGGGAGCAAGGAGUCCUUAUCCUAUUAUGACCAUCUAGCAGCUAGUGCAAAGUUAGUGCACUCUCCGCUUUCGCUAUCUCCUCUCAGCCCCAAAUAUAUGAACAAAAUUAAGGUUACUGGAUCUCAAAGAUAUCUAAUGAGAGAUCUUGAAAAUGAUUUUCUAGAUUUAAAGGAAACGGGAGGGUCUGUUGGAAUUAGGAUGCAGGACGGGUCAGAAGAAACUAACUUGUUACAUGAUGAACUUGAUGUUAUGACACCCAAAUGGAGUUCAUUGAGAAGGUAUCGAAACUGGGGUCCUGAAUCUACCCCUACGUCUCCCCGAGUUGGUUAUGUUCGGAGUUCGAGUCUGCUUGUGAGGAGGCCACUAGUUGGCUCCUUUGAGGAGUCCCUUCUAUCUGGUCGAUAUUCUUAUGGAAAAGACAGUCAGACAAUUGAUGGUUUCUUAGCUGUUCUAAAUGUCACUGGUGGUAGUUUCUCCCCCACAACUCAGAAACUUCCGUUCUCGGUAACAAGCAUAGAUGAAGAUAGCUCCUUAUUGUACUAUUCUUCUAUUGAUCUUGUGGGGAGGUUGCCUGCAAAUAACAACAAAAGCCCAAAGCUCCAAAGAAGCCUCAGUAACAAUGAUUCACGAUCAGCAAAGAGUCGUUUACGCAUCCCUGUUAAGGGUCACAUACAACUGGUCGUGAGCAACCCGGAGAAGACUCCACUACAUACUUUCUUCUGCAAUUAUGACUUGAGUGACAUGCCUUCUGGAACCAAGACUUUCAUGCGGCAAAAGGUCACACUAUCUCCCUCUGUUUGUCCCACUAAUCCAGUGGAAGAAGGAAGCAGGUCCUGUGAUGUUAAUGUUGGACCCAAAUCUCAGUCAGUCUCAUGUGGAAGUGAACCUAGAGAACGGGGAACUCUAUGUUCUGAAUGUAAUGGAGCUGGCUGUGGGCAUGGACAGAACUGCAACUCAAAUGACGAAUCAGAAAAAGGAGGUCUGGACACAAAAUGUUGUUCAUUGGAAAGUGAUUCUAAAGAAUCAAAUAAAUCUGGCUCUCCUAGCGAUAAAAAAGACAAUACUGAUUCUGAUGGUUGCCACUGUCAAAUAGACAAGUCUUGCUUAGGUGGAAAGACAUCGUGCUGUUCAUCUACUAAGAUCAAUGAUAGUUCAGGUGGAGGUGUGCUUCGUUAUGCUUUGCACCUGCGCUUUUUGUGCCCCUGUUCCAAGAAAUCCUCAAAAUCAAUGCUUCGGUGCAAAUCUGAUCCAUCAUCAGCACCAUACGGUAGCAAUACAGUGCCCGAGGAAGAGCGGAGGUUCUAUCUCUACAAUGAUCUUAGAGUUGUAUUUCCUCAAAGGCACUCAGAUGCAGAUGAAGGCGAGCUGCGAGUGGAGCAUGACUUCCCCGCUGAUCCCAAGUACUUCGACAUAAGCAAUUGAUGUUUGCUUGUGCCCUCUCAUGUAUAACUUGCGCUGCUGCGCAUAAAAAAAGAAAUCUGUAAAUAUUUUUACCAUGACUAACUAACUCUGUUACCGCUCCUCUCCCCUGUGUUCAUCUUUCACCAGCAAACUGUACAUAUUUAAUCUUCCAAUAAAAUGCAGCACUUCGUUA